AUGGGUCGGAGAAAGAUUGAGAUCAAGGCCAUCAAGGAUGACCGCAACCGUUCAGUUACAUUCUUGAAGCGCAAGGGCGGUCUUUUUAAGAAGGCCCAUGAGCUCGCUGUUCUCUGUUCCGUCGACGUAGCCGUUAUCAUAUUUGGUCACAACAAGAAACUAUACGAGUACUCCUCGUGUGACAUGCACGAUGCCCUUGGUCGCUAUCAAUAUUUUGGCCCUCCCCAUGAGCACAAAGGACCGGAAGACUUUGCGGGCAAGAGAGACGACGAUGAUGAAGAAGAUGAAGCGUCACCAGCCCCCGAAGAUAUUCAAGCUGUUCAACAGAACCACUCCGCCAUUCCCCCUCAUCUCCAGAACCAGCCUGCUUUCCAACAUAUGAACCACGCCCCGUCCGCAUCUCCUCCAAUCCGUGGUAUGCCAUUAACACGACAUGGCACGCCUCAGUCACAAGCUUCUCGCCCCUCUUCCCGGAAUCACGUUCGUCGAGUCAGCUCGAAUUUGGGUCCGCAACAGCAUGGCACCCCACCGCCACCCCCAGCUCCCCAAAAUGGAAACUUUACCUAUAUAUCCAAUCCAUCGAUGACCACACCAAGGGACGCCUCCCAUGCACCCACACGGCUUACCACAACAAAUGCAACCUCAGCAUCAGACACCCCAGCAUUUCCCGCAGCAUUCGCAUGCCGCCGGAAUGCCCCCGGAUCUCAUGCGCAGGCUCAGCAGGUGCAACAGGUGCAGCAAGCUUAUAUGCAAGAGCACGGUAGAGGCUCAAUGCCCCCUGGAUUUGUACCCGACAACCAGCAAGAACGACCCUCGAUCUCUGAACCUCAGGAUGAUUCGGGCGUGAUGAAAGUAGAACACAGCCAGUCGCCACCGCAAGGGAAGUCGUUUUCUAAAUCGCGAAGCAUUUUUACGCCUAUCGACGAUCGAGGUUCAGUGCUUGCCCGCCAUUUCGGAGCAUCGUCGUAUGAGCCACCUCAUAUGAAUCUUUCGCUCAGAUCUGAAGCGUCGCCAGGAACAAGAUCAAUGCCUGUCAGAGCUGCAACAGAGACACCACGUCCAAUGUCCGUUGCCUCUUCGUCAGAUAUCAAACCACCGUCCAGAACAAAUAGUGGCACGCUACCUUCGAAGAGACCGCAGCUGAAAGUUCAAAUUCCGAGUGAGAACUCUGAUGGAGGCAGCGCUACAGCCGAAUCAUCGCGUGAUUCUGCAGGGAAUAAAUCUUCUACUCCAGCGAAAGGAAGCGCAGAAAAUGGCCCCUCGGGUGUGGUUUUACCUCCUCCAUCGCCCUCCGCUGGCGCAAUAUUAAGCGCGGGGGCUUCGGGGCCUCCAAAUCCAUUUGCACGCCCACCUCCACCUGUUGCAGCAACUCGAAAUGACUCCUACGGAAGCAAUAGUGGAAAUCCAAAUAACAACGGGAACUCAAAUAAUAUAGAGACCCCUAUAUCUGCCCUUCCAAGUCGCUUUGUGUCCGACGCCCUCCUUCCCUCCCCCUCCAGCUUCUUCCCCGAAUGGGGCUUUGGUCGCUCCGGUCCCGAUUCCAACAUGCUGCCGAGUCCCCUCACCUUCCCGACUCCGGCAGUACCCAGUGGACCCAGCUUUUCUCGAGAAGACGAACAAGAGAAAAAGAGAAAAAGCCCCGACAGCGGGUCCACAAGUGAAGGUGUUCACAAAAAACCAAAAACCUAA